AUGAGAAUCUUCCAUUUUCAGAAUAUCACCGUCAUGCAUUAUCUAAUAUACUAUAGUUCAAACCAAUCCAAGAUAGAUGACACGUGGUUUUACUACCAAGUAUUGACAUAUUUCGAGUUCGCAUGCAUUUGCAUCAGUUAUCCACUAGUAAUAUUCCUUGGCUUUCAACUAUUCAAACACAGAAUAUUCCAUCAAAAUCUUCAAAAUUGUGUGAGAGCAGCAGUAGUGGAGUAUUUGAUCCAGCUCACUUCUCGAAGUAUUCAAAUAUUUUUGAUUUUCAAUUCGAAAGAAAAUGGAUUGGCAUUCUACUAUGCAUCUCUUGCUCGAUGUACUUGUUAUUUUUUCGUUUCUUUCUCUCUUCCUGGAUUUGUGAUCGAACGAUGUUGCGCUUCAUAUUUUCUCUCAGAUUAUGAAAAACGAAGUCGACAUUAUAUAAGUAUUUUCCUACUCUCUGUUUCUGCUGGAAGUGGUCUUUUACUAUCUUAUCUAUAUCACCAAUCUGAAAGUACCCUGGUUUAUCACAUAAUUGUACUUGUUAUCAAUAUCAUCUCAUCAGUUGUUUUGGCGAUAAUUGAAAAGUACAAUUACAAGAGACUUCACGAGAGUUCAAAUUUAAGAAAGAGCAAAAGAGAAUACUCGUUGGCUGAAAGAUUUCAGAUCUCUGAAAAUAUACGUGUUUGUGAGCUUAUGAAAACAAUCAUAAACGUUGUCGCUCUUUUCAAUCUCUUAUCUACCGUAUCUGCUGCGUUGGAUAAUUUUGAUUUAUCCCCGACAUUCCUGAAUGUGGCUGCAACAUUUUUCAAUUUCUGUGUACUUACUUAUGGAUCACUCGUUUUCUUCCUUUUCUAUUAUCUAAUUCCACAAUUCAAAAAUGAACUGAAGGCAGUGUUUAUGAGAAUGAGACUCGUGAAUCCAGUAUCCCCGUUUCCUGAUAUUCUCAAAGAGAAACCAAUGCAAAUGGCUGCGAAAGAAACCGAUGAAUAUUUCUCACAGCUUCAAAAACAAUGGCUUUAA